AUGCCGGAGUCUUGCCUGUGGGUGUGUUCAGAGAAACAAACAUUGCCCUUUGGUUUUGGCCCCUCCAUCUUGGAGAGGCCCUUCUCUCUGACUUGGUGGGACCGUACUCUCAGUGCAGCCCUGUUGCCGAAGACAAUGGAAGUGAACAGGAAGGGAGGGGGCAAGUGUCUCUUAAGAGACUGUAGUUUACAAAAGGCUGUUUGCCAAGAAUGGCUCUCCGGGGGAGACGGGUGUGAUUGCAAGAAAGCCCAGCAGAAACAUUCAACCCCAUUUUUUACACUUUUUCUGCUUCGGUCGGUUGUUUUCCCACAUUGCAUCACUGGGGCUUAUGGGGGCAUAUGUACGUGGCGUGUCUGUGCAUUUGAAUUCCUACCACCCCUGCUGGGAAAACACAAAAAACACAGGUCCCUGCAUCUAGAAAACCAGCACUUCAGGGGGAAAUGUUUGGAUCUUGAGGUUCUAGCUAACUCCAAGCAGGGAUACUUUGAUAGGAAAAACAACAACUAUAGAGGGGCAUUCCAGAAUAGGACCCUGCCCCAAGCGCACAUACCUGGCUGGCUAAAGUGGUACAAUCCAGACUCUCAGAUCUUGCAUGCAUUUUGA